GUGCUGUGCAUACAUUCCUUCACUUCUAGACAAAAAUGGCAUGGAUCUUGGAUACAGUGGAAUUUGUGCUGACAUUCUCACUAUGUGCUUCGCAGUUAGUGUUUUCCGUCCUUCGCUCCAUCUCUUCUUCUGUCAAUCCGACAAUUGCCGAUUCUCACUCCUUUGAAGAAUUUAUGUGCUCAUUUUGGUUCCUUGCAUUAUGCGGAUGUUUGACAAGACGACGUUAUAUCAUUGUAUUUACCACUAUGGCCAUGUUCUACUCGUUUGUGCUUUCUCUGAAAUGGGCCACAGAAGCUCAAUAUAGCUAUUUGAACGGCACUCAAUUGUCCUGCACAAGAAUACAGAGACAUACCGACCCUACUUGGUGCAGAAAUGCGGACAUUUUUUUAGUUGUUAGCGGCAUAAUCGCCAUUUUGGCUACGUUGGCUGCGGCUGUGCUUUCCUCGCUAAGGUUAUGGUCAGAGGAGGAAGACAAUGAGGAAAAAUCAGAAACAUUGCUACCUCACCCUAAUGAUAGUCGAAAGAAGCAGUCCAUGAUCAGUGCUUUCCGUAGUACAAUCAACUGACAAUAAACUGAUGUUUCUG